GCACAAAAGAAAGGUCCAGCAUUAAACCAAUUAGCAAAUAUGGAACCAACUACACAAGUCUUGUAUUUAGUAUUAGCAUGUACGUCUGUGGUGUUACUUUUCCUAAGAAGACACCUUAACUACUGGAAGAGACGUGGCAUACCCCACGAAGAGCCCCAUGCGCUGUUUGGUAAUAUGAAAGGUGCCCGCAGCGAAAUGGGUGUGGGAGAAAUCUUGGCCAACUAUUAUCACAAAUUCAAAGGAAGCGGUCCCUUUGCGGGUAUAUACAUUGGCCUGCGUCCGGCUGCAGUGCUUUUGGAUAAGACUGCCAUUAAGCAUGUGCUUAUCAAGGACUUCUCCAACUUCACCGAUCGCGGUUUGUACUACAAUGAAAAAGAGGAUCCUUUGACGGGACAUAUAUUCUUCAUGGAUGGCCAAAAAUGGCGCAGAAUGAGGAAUAAACUUUCGCCCACCUUCACUUCGGGUAAGAUGAAAUACAUGUAUCCCACUCUACAGAAAGUGGCCGACGAGCUUGUUGAAGUUUUAGCAGAACGUAUUCAGGAAGAUCCUGUGCUCGAAAUACGUGACCUAUUGGGGCGUUUCACCACCGACAUCAUUGGUCGUGUAGUCUUUGGCAUUGAGUGCAAUUGCUUGAAGAAUAAAAAUUCGGAUUUUAUGAAUUUUGGGCGCAAAUCCAUUGAAGUACCCCGUCAUCAUAGUGUGAUAAUGAAUUUAAUUGACAGUUUUCCCGGAGUGGCACGCAAGUUGGGUAUGAGAGUUUUGCCCGAGGACGUGCAUCAGUUCUUUAUGAGAAUCAUCAAGGAGACAGUGGACUAUAGGGAGCAGAACCAAGUAAAGGCCAACGAUUUCCUGAAUUUGUUAAUAGAGCUUAAGAACGACAAGGAAGACAAGUCCGGUCUAGGAGGUUUAACUUUCGAAGAGAUGGCAGCCCAACUUUUUGCUUUCUUCAUAGCCGGCCUGGAGACUUCGUCCUCGACCAUGGCAUAUGCCAUCUAUGAAUUGGCUAUGAAUCCAGAAAUUCAGGAUCGCUUGCGUCACGAAGUCAUGCAGGCAUUUGAAAAGGACGAGGCCAUAACCUAUGAGACUGUUAUGCAGAUUCCUUAUCUCAAUCAAGUAUUAAGUGAGUCUCUGCGAAAAUACCCUAUUGGCUCAUUUGUCACUCGCCGUGCUCUAAACGAUUACACAAUUCCCGGUUAUCCCAAAUAUUCUGUGGAAAAGGGUACCACUUUUUUCGUAUCCAUCUUGGGUAUACACCAUGAUCCAGAAUUGUAUCCUAAUCCUGAAAAAUUUGAUCCGGAACGUUUCUCUCCCGAGUUGGUUAAACAACGUGAAUCGGUGGAAUUUCUGGGCUUCGGAGAUGGACCACGCAACUGCAUUGGUAUGCGUUUUGGACAAAUGCAAUCUCGUCUGGGGCUAGCCUAUAUUAUCAAGCAUUACCGUUUCUCAGUGUGUCCCCAGACUGAAAGAAAUCUAAAAUUUGAUCCCCUGUCUCAGAGCUUGAAGACUUUGCAUCCUAUAUUAUUAAGAGUUGAAGCUAUAUGA